AAGAGCAACGGCGAUCGACCGAGCCAACCGACAUCAUGAAAACGGGCACAGGUCCUUGGCUGUAUAUCCUGCUCGCCGCAGGAUCGACGCUCAUCGUCGCAGGAGCUGUCGGAGCAAUAAUAUUUGCCGUACGGAGAUUCAGGGUAGAUAGUCCAGUUCGAAAUCCCAGAGUGAGAAGUCCGAAGAUGGAAGAAAGUCCUUUAACUCCUCACGUACAGUCAUUGUACACGGAUACUAUUUCUGAUGACAACAAUCCGGACCUUAUUCCGGAUGCAGCCAAUAAUGAAGCUCUACUGGAUACAACGCUAGCCCCGUACACGAUAUCGGCUCGUCCUUCGAGCAAAAGAAACUGCGCCACUCAAAUGCCCAUGAAGCCAUACCACGUGACGUGGGCCCCCAUUUUGCAGUCUCGCAAUUGCUCCACUCAAACCCCUCCGCCGCACAAAGAAAGUUCUGUCUAGUCAACCGCGAAUCCCCCAGAUCCUAUCCGGGGUUCAUGGCGGAGAUUUCUAGGGCCGAUCCAGGGUUCGUGGGGGCCGGGAUGCGUGUUUAUCGUCGACCGCCCCCCGGCUCAAUCCUGCAACCGGUCCUGUAACCCCAAUCAGAAGUCUCGGCACCGGGACCAAUACCACCUGUGAUAUUUGUGAAUAUCUCAUAUUUUUAAGGAUUAUCAAAAGAACUCAACUGUUACGCUGUUAUUA